GGAACGCGCAGUCAGAGGAUGUGGACAGAUGGUAGCAUCACUUCAGCAGCGCAGGUUCACACAAGUGUGUGUGAGUGUCAGUGUGUGUUCUGUGCGUUCAGGCUGUCUCACUGGGUUGAUUCUUUACAAACUAAAAGCUCCGUGGCGCUCGGUACGGGAGGAAUCUAAACGAAUUGGCCGAUUAACGGGACGUCUUGUCGAGGAUGUGUGGCGUGGACGUGGACCUGGAUGAUGGUCCAGCUGAUGAGGAGAAGGAGGAGGAUGAGUUCUGGACCGGGGAUGCUGUGAAGAUGCUGCCCCCUCCCAUGGCCCACAGUGAGGGCAGUGUGUGGGGUGGCCAUAGGGGCAGGUGGGGCUGCUUGGCUUGUGGAGCAGCUCUCAUCCUCUGGAACCUGUGUGUGGUUUCAGUCGGAGCUCUGCUGCUGCUGGUGGUCUUCUGUGUGGUGCUGCUGCCGUCAGGGCUGCUGCUGUACGCCGGCUUCCUCUGCCACUCCAGGGUCCUCGAUUCCUCCUCUACCAUCUGCCGUUACCUUGACGACAACAGCUGCUCUGCCCUCAUCAUCCUGGGCUUUGUGAUGAUGUCUCCACUAGUGGUCGUGGCUGCUGCGAUCUUCUGCGGGCUGCUCCGAAGGUUUCGGCUUCUGCUUUUCAUCCAGCCGAUCGGGCGUGCUCGGUACCGAGGGAGGCUGCAGGACUGGGUGGGCAGCUUCCACGCCUGGGUCUAAGAGUGUGGGUGAGGGUUCAAAGCACGGUGAAGAACGAGUUCUGGAGAGGUAGAGUGUGAUAGAGAGGGUGGACGAGUCCUACCUCUGGGACAAAUGGUGAAAUUAAGCCUGUAGGAGAGAUGAAUGUUAAUAAAACCUGAUAUGGGAUGAAAAAAUAACUCUUUUUAAGCUUUAGGGCUGAGCAGAAUAAGGUUUCAGCAUUAAUGUCAUAACGUCUGUGUUCGUGUGCAACAGUCUCACGCUGCGUUAACUACCUGCAGCCGUCUGUCAUGCAUGCUAAACCGAACACGUCCAGCUGCACAUCUCUGCUGCCUGGAAGUCCCUAAAAACCGGUGAUAUCUCCGUUUAAUCGUCCAGCUGGUUCCCGUGGUUCUAGAGAAACGUUGAAACUUUGUGUUAUUGAGAGACGUGACAGUCUGAUGAGGAUUGUGAUUGUUGACCCCGUCAGAAAACUGACUUGUGUUUGAUGCUUUAAACAAAAAGAGUUUACAAUAAAGUUCCUGACGAUGUGGUUAAGAGAAUAAAACACCUUUUUAUCACCAGUUUACCCAAAUGAUUUUUUUUCUUCUAACUCUAGUGCUCAAAUGAUUCUAAAUCAUCAAGAAUUUCCACUUUCCACAAAUUUUUUAUGAAGUAAAGUUGUGCAGAAGGCCAGAGGACCUUUGAGAUGCAUUUAUUAAAUAUCUUCUUGUAUAACAGAUAUCAUUAGUAUCGUCUUUUACAUCAGCAGACUUUUGGAGUGACAUGGUGGCUUGUUUAGAGGAAAGCAACACAGGAUGUGAUCCUUUAGCAGCUUGUUUACAGCUCUUGGUUUUACAGAAACAAAAAACUCUGCAUGUAUAAAACUCUCCUGCAACAAUGCUGUGUUUCUGUUGCUUGUGCAACUUUUUCAUAUUUUUAAAUCAUUUUCUUGAGCCAGUAUUUGCCUAAAUGACCCUUUACGAGGUUAAUGAAAGGCCACCUAUCGCCUCCUGUGGCCAGAAUAUUCCACUUGCAACUUCAGACUGGGGCUGCUUUGUUGGAGCUGACAUACCUGGCGCUGCUGUCUGGUGCCAGCAGGUUUCGUGCAUGUUUUAGAUCAUGAACACAGCUGAUUUGUUUAAUUUGGUGAUGGAUCGCUCCUCUAGACACCAAGAAAGUUUGGGGAGACAUUUCAGAUGUUAGAUUAAGGUGUUUAAAAUGCAACGCACAGUGAGGAGACGGGUUUUGCUUUUAGUUCUACAAAUGGACACUAGGGGGUGCUAAAAGCAAGCAAAAACUGCCCAUAAUUCCUCUUUAAACAUGGAAAUAUUGUUCAUGGUUUAGAGUUUUUGUUCAUUUUCUAAGGCCUAGUCCACACGUAGCCGGGUUUUUUGAAAACGAAUAUCCGCCCCUCCAAAAACUUGCAUCCACACCACCGCGUUUUAAAAACAAACUCUGUCCACACGUACCCGAAUAAAUACGUUGUUAAGGACAUGCCAGACCUGUAGGCGGCAGUACUUCCCCCGUUCUUAACCUCGUCCUUCGUCUGUGGUCUUCCGCAAGGAGCAGUAAUUCCGCUUGCAAAAACAAACAAGCAAAAAGCGCUUGGACAAUUGAUAAAGCGAGCGCAGCUCUGAAGGCUUCCAUGAUGGCGGCUAGUGUAAACACAGGUCGCACACGUGAUGUCAGCAUUUUUUGUCGCGGAAAGUGACGUUGCAGACCUUAAAACUCCGGUUUUGUCUGUCCACAUGCAGACACCCAAAAUGGAGAAAACGCAGAUCUUCACUUUGGCCGGAGUUUUUAAAAAGAUCCGUUUUCGUGUGAAAAAACUCCGUUUUCGUGUGGAUGACAGGCCAAAACGUAGAGAAAUAUCUACGUGUGGACAGGGCUAAAUGAAUGAAGGUUUCUGUAGGACCUAGUGAGGCUAAAAAACAAAGCAGAGAGUUAAAGGGACUAAAUGUCUUUCGCAAUCUAAAUAUUCAGUUUGAUCAGCUGCUGCUUAUUUGCCGCUCAUAGAUCAUUGUUGCUUAUUUCUACUGUGAAAAUGUGAAACAUUAAAACCCCUUUCACAAUAAAAGUAGCAGCAAACUGACAAAUGAAAGGUUGUUUAUGAUUCAAAUCAUCAGGACAGAAAUAAUGAAAAUAUAUUUCAGAGCAUUUUUAUUUGACAUGAAACACUGAGGUACUUUUGUUCUUGUACUUGUUUUGAAGAUCAAAAUAAACAGGUUUCAUUAUGUUCUCUAUUCUGACAUGUACGACUUAUUUAUAAUAGAACAUUUUAAUGGCUGUAACAAAGCAAGUUUUGUCCUAAUUAAAGUUGUUUAAUUCCAGUUUAACACCUGAAAGAUGUGAUUGUGUUAUUCAGGAGAAAUGUGCUCGCUACCAAAGCAUGUACUGACCCUCUGCCAAUAAAAGACCAUUGUUGUCA